AUGUCGCAGCAGAGGGGUAAGAAAAUCCCUGAUAGGGCUGAAAAAUCGGGCUUCUUUGCGGCGAGACCCGCGCCUUCCAGAGCCCAGGGCCAGCAUGAGGCAGACCAAGAUGGCGGCGGAGACGAUACCCUCCCCCUCCAUAAUUCACCAGACCCUGGGAAUCUCCCCGUGACACAGGAAUUCCUGAGAGCGUGCCUGGACGAAAUGUCCGACAAAUUGCUCAACAAAAUCCAAGCAUCGGUCACUGCAAUGGGCAAGGACAUCCAGGAGCUAGGCGAAAGAACGGCCCACGUGGAAAACCGCAUGGGCGAAUAUGAAGAGGCCCAUAACGACCUGACAGACCAC